AUGCCGAUUGCUCCAGAGUGCGGGAUAGAGGAGGCAAGUGUGCACGUUCACGGUGGGACGUUAUGUGCUGUGGUCGGGAGCGGACCCCCGAAUGAAAGGAGACAAGCUGAUGGUGCGAUGGGUGGGAUCUUUUCAGGAGCUAAAGUAUCAAGUGUCACUUCAAGGGAUCAACUUGGUGUGAGAGCUGUGAAAAAGGAAUGGGAGUUGCUUGUAGGUUGGCAUGGGCUUGAAGACGCAGAAGUCCUGGAAAUCAAUGGGCGGUAUCGUGAAGGCAGCUCCAGAGAUUGUGAAGGCAUUCGUGGAGAUGUGUGA